AUGGGCGGAAGACGAGGCGAACGCGGAGGCGGAAGCGGAGGGGGCGCUGGGGGAAACGCUGGUGCAGAAGAGGCGGAGGUUUGGGCACGCUGUGGAGAGGAUGAAGGGGGACGCGGCGCGCAGGCGGAAACUGGCGGAGAAGGGGCUUCCGCCGCCCCCCCUUGGCGCGCCGGACAACGGGCUGCUGGUCCCCCGCCUGGUGCGCGUGGCGCACUCCACCCUCUCGCUCUGGCUGUCCCUCCAGGCGAAGCUCCCAAGGCUGCUGGAGGCCGUGCCGGCGCAUGCCUGCAGGUAGGGCCACUGCUGCUGCUGUUGGUGUCCCGCUGUCACAGAGGCCGUUCCGAUGCUGCUGCAGGCCGUGCCCGCGCAUGCAUGCAGGCUAUGUCUAGGGGUCUCCAUUGCUCGCCACCCCUGCGCGAUCCGCACCCGGCUUUUGAGAAUUCUCAAAAGGCACCUGCAAUGCAAGGCCUUUACCACUUCUACAGGGGCCAAUCUGGCUGUGCCCGCAGGCUGUGUGCGGAGGUCUCCAUUGCACGCCACCCGCACGCCAUCCGCAACUGCAAAGGUCCAAAGCGGCACAGUCGGUCGGGCAGUAUGGGCAGCCAUGAAUGGGCUCCUGCCACUCCCUCUGACAUCCUCCCGGUCAUCGAAAGUUUUCACCUGCCCGAUCGUCUGCGUCCCCGUGUGCCGCAUGAGGCGAGAUUCGAUGUGGAGAGGAUCGCAGCUGUCAUAGAGCUGUGCGUUCAGGUGAUUAUUCAGGUGGGUCUCCCACCAACCUGCAUGCCCCCCCCCCUAAUCGCACAUUCGCACGAGACUAUCCCUUCUAGCGCGCUUCCCCACGCGCUGCUGUGUGUGAAGCACCUUGCAAGAAUCAGGCGAGACACGCACCGCACAAGUCUGCUGUGGCGCUGUGCGCUCAACACACCAGCAUCCACCACCACCCAUCCCGUCGCUGCUGCUAGCAUGAGCACACACACGCACCGCACAAGUCUGCUGAGCGCCCAACACACAAGCGUCCACCACCCAUCCACUCUCCUCCACCACCCAUUUCUGCUGCUCCCUCCCUUCCACUUCCCCUCCCCUCAGGCGGGUGUAGACCUGCCAGGCCUUCGCACCGUGCGCCGAACCGAACCUGUGCAAACCACCAGGCUCGGCACCGGCCGGGCCUGGGUGGCAGGCUUGGAGAGCGAAUCGGCAUCGGGAGUGUCUAGCAGGGGAGUUUAUAAGAAGGACGAGGGAGAUGUGGUGAAGGCGAUUCUAGAGAUGGCCGAGAUGGAAGCAGUGGGGGCGGAAGUGGUGUGGGAUGCGGGGUCUCAGGGUAAGAUGAGGCGGGGGGAGGGGGGGUGGAGGGGGUUAAUGGAGGAGGGUAGGAGAGGGAGGGAGGAGGAGGAGGGCGAUCGGGACAGAGUUGAGAGAGCGUUUGAGAGGAGAAGCGACACAGAGGCGGAUAGGGAGGAGAAAGGGAAGGUAGAUGAGGAGGAGGAGGAGGAAGAGGGGGGAGAAGAUGGGGAAGAAGGUACAGAGGGGGAGGGGAGUGUGAGGGAGAUGGCAGAGGAGGCGUUGAGGGAGUGGGAGGGGCUGAGGGAGGGAGUGGAGAGGGUGAUGGGAAAGUACCCUGUGAUGGUGUGCGGGUACUGCCCUGAGGUGCACGUGGGUGCGGCUGGGCACAAGGUGCGCCUGUGCAAUGCGUCCAAGCAGCAGUGGCGCCACGGCCAGCACGGGUGGCAGCCGGCAGUGCUGGCCGACCUGCUCCCCCCCGUGCCUGUCUACCACACACGCCACCCCUCUGGACCUCCGCUGCUGCACGAGCUGAGGCCGUUCUACGGCCGAGUGCCAGCGCUGCUGGAGCUCUGUGUGCAGGCCGGGGCGCCUGUUCCGGCGAGUUGGCGGAGCUACUUUAGGCUCGAUGUCGCGAUCCCUGAUGUCAACGACGUGGAUAAUGCGGUGUAA